UAUAAUUCCACUAAACAUAUAUGAUCGUGAGGUGUACAGUCUAUUCUCCAUAACUCCACUAAUUCUGACCAAAGUCUUCUUAUUGUAAUAUUUAGCCGUCAUGUAUGUAUCGUGCUGAAAGUAACCUAGUGCAUUGUUUGGGGAAUAGAAUGUCAAGGUAUUUCAGGCUGUUGACAGGUGAACACUUUGGCGCAUGACCAUUUAAAUGGCCAACUGUGGCGCUGUGGGUUUGCCUGGGAGAUGCCCAAACACCAUGCGCAGUUACACCACAAUGAUGUGAGCUGACCCAACUCGCCACAGACCCGCUAAGUACGAUCAUGAGAGACCAGGCCGAAGAAUAAAGACGUUAAAGCUACGCAUCUUGGAAAUGUUAUGUACGCAAUAGAACACGACAUUUCAGAACCAUCGCAUAUUAAGGGAUUACGGGAUUACUUCUUCUGUGAAGACUUGGAAGCGGACCUGCUGCCCCACUGAAGACAGAUAAGAUCCGUUCCCGACUGAAGUGCUAUGGCCCCUGCUGCAGUGAGGAGUCCUAGCCUCAGGCCUUCAUAGUGGACAUUGAGCUACCAUCACACACGGGUGUAGGCCAGGGCCAGACUCCCGGAGCAGGGAUGAUCACUUCCCACAGGAACGGAGGACCCGGAUAUGUAAUAGAGGACCCAAUGGGGCCUGUGAGUGGCACAGAGGGUCUUGGGAGUGUAGCCAAGCUGCAGCAGAGGGAGAGGGCUGUGGACUGCCCCCCUGGGGACAAGGUGGUGGGGACUGGGAGCAGCGUUGUGCAGGGUUCCCGGUGCAGCGCCCAGAUGGAGAGGAUCCAGAGGUACCAGGAAGAGCUCAGGAGGAAGAGGGAGGAGAACGCCAACAAAGGGAAGCAUGAGAUCGAUCUCAACGCCUCACUCAGGCUCAAGAAGCUUGCCCAGAACCCAGCCAAGACGGGUAUCGACAACCCUACGUUCGAAGCGCCUAAGGCGGGCAAGGAGACCAAGGAUGGGAGCCCCCCGCUUGGCGGGGACACGGUUGAGGAGCUGGAGGAGCUGCUGGAGGCCCUGCGGCGGGUGCAGAGCUGCCUGGUGGACGCCCAGUCGCAGGCCGACGUGGCUCUGGUGCUGGGCCUGCUGCACAAGGAGGACUUCCAGAGCGCCUUCGCCGUCUACAGCGCCGUGGCCCAGCAGAUGCAGCCGCGUGGCAGCCCGCCCUUGCCCCUCACCGCCCAGGCCCGCAGCCUUUAUCAGGAGGUGCAAUGCAUCCUACAAUCCAGUCACCAGGAGGAAGGUGUAGAGCUCAGGAGCCUACUCACCACCCCCCACUUCCAGGCUCUGAUGCAGGCCCACGACAGUGUGGCGGAGCAGGAGUUGGAGCCGGACCCAGAAGAGAGAUUGAUUCAGUACCUGGGUGAGACCGUCAAACUGGUGCGGCUGGAGAAGGCCAGCGACAUUCCUCUGGGCGCCACGGUUCGUAACGAAAUGGACAGCGUGGUGGUGAGUCGUGUGGUAAAGGGCGGGACAGCCGAGCGGAGCGGUCUCCUGGCUGAGGGAGAUGAGAUCCUGGAGAUCAACGGCGUGCCUGUCCGCGGGAAGAACGUCAACGAGGUCCACGACCUUCUGGUGGAGAUGCAUGGCACUCUGACCUUCCUCCUUAUCCCCAGUUCUCAGAACAAAACGCCCUCACACAGGCAGACUGUGAUGCACGUGAGGGCUUACUUUAACUACGACCCGUCUGAUGACCCAUACAUGCCGUGCAGGGAGCUGGGCCUGUCUUUCCAGAAGGGAGACAUCCUCCACAUCAUCAGCCAGGAUGACCCCAGCUGGUGGCAGGCCUACAGGGACGGGGAUGAGGACAACCAGCCCCUAGCCGGGCUAGUUCCAGGGAAGAGCUUCCAGCAGCAGAGAGAAGCUAUGAAGAAAAACAUUGUGGACAGGAAUCCUGACAGCCCAGGGAAGCUUUGGUGUGCAAUGAAGAACAAGAAGCAGAGGAAGAAAACCAUGUACAACCCCAACAGGAACGUUGACUACUACGCCGACGAAAUCCUGACCUAUGAGGAAAUGGCACUCUACCACCAGCCGGCCAAUCGCAAGCGACCUAUCGCCCUGAUUGGUCCACCCAACAGCGGGCAGGACGAGCUGCGGCAAAGGCUGCUGUCCAUCGAGCCGGACAGGUUCGCCAUGGCCGUGCCACAUACAACUAGAAACCCACGCAUACACGAGAAGAACGGAAGGGAAUACCACUUUGUAAACCAGCUGGCUUUUGAGGCGGAUGUGGCAGGGGGGAAGUUCAUUGAGUCUGGGGAGUACGAAAGGAACCUGUACGGCACCAGCAGUGACUCGGUUCGACAGGUCAUCAACUCAGGCAGGAUCGGUCUGCUGUGCCUGCACACUAAGUCACUGCGGGUACUGCGGUCCUCCAACCUCAAGCCCUAUGUGAUCUUCAUUGCGCCUCCCUCUCAGGAGCGAUUGCGCACCCUGCUGGCCAAGGAUGGCAAAAACCCAAAGCCAGAGGAGCUGAAGGAGCUGAUUGAGAAGGCCCGUGAGAUGGAGCAGGCCUACGGGCACCUGUUUGACGCGGCCAUUGUUAACGGCGAGCCAGACACAGCAUUCCACGAGCUCCUGCGGCUCAUCAACAAGCUGGACACGGAGCCCCAGUGGGUGCCCUCCUCCUGGCUGUGCUAGGGGUAAGAGGUUAGGGUUGAGUGGUCAACCUAGCGGUCAACUCCAGGAAGCCACAGGAAGGAGGGUUUGGCCUGGGUUGUGUUCAUUAGGCACCAAAUGGAAGAAAACAUAUUGAAACAGGAAGGGAAUACCUGGACUUAUCCAAUGAGAACCAUUUGUUUUAGUUUUUCAUAGAUAAACGUUUUAACACAUUUCACAACGGUGUAUCCUAAUGAACAUGACCCAUAACACAGCUCUGGAGGAACGACCCUAAAAGGAAGGAUGGACAAUGAUCAUUGAGGCCACUGUAAGACCAUUGUGGAGCCUCGCAGACACAAAAUAGAGGGCCCAUUCAUUUUUGCCAGAAAGGGUAACUUGUCCUUUAUCUAGCCUUCUUAUGAAAGUUGGAGUUUACUUCAUUUGCAGGGAUGGACUUUUUAUUAUAUAAGUGUUUGUUUCUGUGUUUGUCUUUGUGAAUGUUCUCUUGGGUUUUUGUCAAUGUCAGCACCAUUCCAGAUUCCAGUAGCAUAUGCAAAGACAUUUAUCCAAAACUGUAGAAAACAUAUUUCCAUUUUAUUCUACUCUAAAUAGCUAUUUAUAAUUGUAAAUAUCUAUUUUUAGAUGAAAUGGCAAACAAAUGUGAAUUACCAUUACACCAGACCCAGUCUAAUAAUGUAUGGUUUGUUUGUAUGUGGUAUACAAGACUGGAACUGUCUGUCUACAAUUGAGGACCAAUUUGCUCCUUUGGAACUACUGUAUGUAACUUUCUCCUAGAAGUAAGGACCAAAGAGAAAGCUGUUGUAUUCUAAAGAUUGGUAAAGGAACUUGCUGUGUAUCAAUGAUAGUAUUAUGUUGUGUUAUCUUGAGUUGCUGCACUUGUACAUCAAAAACAGACCUCAAGAAUCAUUGAUCAUCAGUAAAGAUGACCUCGGUAUCCAUUGUCUAGUGUACCUAGUGUCUACCUACAGACAGGAACAGUGUGAAAACAACAUAUCAAUUUAGCAUCAUUUAAUCUGACCAACUUUUAUUUUCUUUGGUACUUUAUAAGCACAACUCAAAAGAAGCCAUCUUCAAUAUAAUGAAUAUUCCUGAAGAGAAUUGUUUCAAAAUGGUGGACAUUAAAGUUACAUGAAUACUAUUUAAAUCAGGUAAAAUGUAUGAUUUUGGAAUAUACUCGAUACAUAUUGUGUACGAGGGUACGCAUAGUUAAAACAUUUGAGUAGGAAAAAGAUUGAGAGCGAAUAUAAAAUGUACAUUCAUUCCUUACAUGAAUUCCUUCCGUGGCACCACACAAUACAGCAUGUUUCAUUUAGCGCUUCAAUGCAAAAUGGCUGCCAUUUUCACAUACAGCUGUGUGCCCCAGAUACGUUCAGGAUGUUGUACCUUGUAAUAGCUUUCUCA